CCCCGGAGCCGCCACCGGCCUCCCCCUGGGGUCCUGCGGGCGGAGGGGCGGCCGGCCGCGGGCUCUGCGGGCUGUGACGGCCUGGCCUCGCCCUCCUCGGGGACCCGCCGGCCGCCUAGCGCUGUGCGGCCGGGACACGCUAGCCCACCGCAGGCCCGGCCCAGGCCGGGACGCCUGCGCCCGGGAGCCCUCGCGGCGCCAGUUAGCGCCGCCGUCUCGUCUCACGGAUGCCCACAGUGUCCGCUCUCGCUGCCUUUCCUGCGGUGCCUCUGAGGAGAUGACCUUACUUUAGACGGCUAACCGGUCCUUACAUUCAACAACAGCCUCUUGGAUAUCUCCUUCAGGAUGUUCUCAAGACAUACAAAAAUUAAAUCCUGAGUAGCCUACAGGGAGGAUGGACAGUUACUUUAAAGCAGCGGUCAGUGACUUGGACAAACUUCUUGAUGAUUUUGAGCAGAACCCAGAUAAACAAGAUUAUCUCGAAGAUGCACAGAAUGUAUAUGCUUCUAACCACUGUUCAGUUUCUUCAGAGUUGGCUUCUCCACAGCAAGCAUCACUGCUGCCAAAGGACCAAAGAUGCAUUUGUAGUUGUACCUCAUCAGAAACGGGCUGUGAAACAAAUGAUACUUUUCUCAAAGAAAAACCUCAUGAGGGGUUAACCUCUAAACAGAAUGAAAAAAACGUAGCGGGACUUGAUCUUCUUUCUUCCGUGGAUGCUAGUACUUCAGAUGAGAUCCAGCCUUCCUGUAUGAGACGGUGUAGUAAGCCUGUUUGUGACCUGAUAAGUGACAUGGGUAACUUAGUACAUACCACCAAUAGUGAGGAAGACAUUAAAAAGCUGUUGCCUGAUGACUCUAGUGCAGACACAGUUUCAGAGGCUUUGACUGGAUUGGAUUUGUCUUCAGUUUCAGAUACUCUGGAUGUUCCUUCAGUAAACCAUGGUAGUGAUGUCAGAGAAGAACAGAAUAUCAGCUCUGGCUUACAAAACGGAGACAUUAGUAGGAUCAAAGAAUUGGGUAUAAAAGUAGACGCAGCACUUUCUGAUUCUUGUAAAUACAGUGGAGCAGAAAAUUUAAAGGAUCAAAAUGUCUCUAAUGGGUUAAAAGCAAUUGAUUUUGACAUGUCAUCUGCUUUGACUAAACUAAGUUCUGAAACAUCUAAUACCAAAGAUAACCCACAAUAUAAGAGGCUGCCAGGUGAACUGUUAAAAGAUGAUGGCUGUGUGGCAGAAGAGAAAGUAGGUGUGGCAAUCGUUAACACAUAUUUAGAAGAAGGAGGUAACACAAUUGCUAUGCCUUGCAAACUUCCAAAAAAUGAAGGGAUAUCUCUAAGUGACAAAGAUUCAAAAGAUGAAAGUUUCGAGUUACCUGACUUUUCCUUCCAGGAAAAUAGAACUUCUGUGUUCAUGAAAGAAUCUGUAACAGAAGACUCAAGAAACUUGGACUUUAGAGAUAAUAAUGAUGUAGUACAGGCUUCCUCUUCACCUCUACAUGUUUCAAGGGAAAGUGUGCCUUCUUCACUGUCCUGCCUUUCAUUGCCUGGGGCUCUGUGUGGAUCAUUGAUUGACACUAGUGUGCAUGGUGCUUGUGUACUUCCCGAUGAGUGUGAGGAUCAGAACGAUGAUGGAAUGAUUGCACAGGAAGAAACAUUAGUGAGUCCUGCCUUAGAUGGUGGGCUCUUCAGGGAGAUAGGGCUGCCGAAAAAGGAAACAUAUAAGAGUGUGUUUCUUCAGCCAGCAAGUGAAAAGAAAGGGGAUGGAAAGGUUGAGCUUGAGCAGGGGCCAGUCAGUGGUGAGUUUUUGGAGUACCCUGAGGACACUGACUCUUCUACAGCUCCAGAGUCUCAAAUGGCACUCUCUGCUGUGAAUGCCCCAGAGUCUCAUGACGGAUGUGAAGCUCUCCCUUUCUCUAACAGAGAUAUGGAUGGGGACGAGUUAGAUUAUUUUAAUAUUGAUGAAAGCAUGAGAAGUGGCACAUUAAUUAGUGAUGCUGAGCUUGAUGCUUUUCUGAAGGAACAGUGUCUUCAGAGCUCUAACACAAUGUCUUUUGAAGAAAAUGCAAAUGAGUCACAAUCUCAGAUGAAUCCAAUAGAUAUGAAAGGAUUAAAUGAUGAAAAUGCUGGUGAUAAAUACUUCAAUGCUGAAGCAGCAACUGUUGGUGGAAAUGGAGGUGUUGUGAUUUGUGCAACAAUUGAUAAAGAAGACACAGUAGAAAAUGGUGGUCUUUCCAUAGAAGAAAAAAGCACAAUUCCAACUGAAAGAGAGCUAUCUUCCAGUAAGUCUGACAUAAUGAAUGACUUGCCAGUCCCUAGUAUUAACACCCAAGCUGUUGGAGGGGCUAGACCCAAGCAGCUGCUUAGCCUUCCUCCAGGGACAAGGAGUUCAAAGGAACUGAAUAAACCAGAUGUUCCACAUGUGCCAGAAAGUGAGCUGAGCACAGCAGAUGUUACUGCUGCCUCCACUUGCUCUGAUGAUCAUCUGCCUGAUUCUCAGGCUAGCUUCAACUCCAAUUACAUUGACAUAGAAAGUAAUUUUGAAGGUGGAUCCAGUUUUGUAACUGCAAACAAGGAUUCUCAGCCUCAAAACAUUUGCAAAGAAGGCUUGGUUUUGGGCCAGAAACAACCUACGUGGGUUCCUGAUUCCGAAGCUCCAAACUGUAUGAACUGCCAAGUCAAAUUCACUUUCACAAAACGGCGACACCACUGCCGAGCAUGUGGGAAAGUAUUUUGUGGUGUCUGUUGUAACAGGAAAUAUAAGCUUCAGUAUCUUGAAAAGGAAGCAAGAGUAUGUGUAAUCUGCUACGAGACUAUUAAUAAAGCUCAGGCAUUUGAAAGGAUGAUGAGUCCAGGUGGUUCUUGUCUUCAGUCUAGUCAAUCUAAUGAAUGUGACACUGCCCGGCCACUUCAAGAGACCCAAACGUCCAGUAUACCUUCACCUACAACUUUGCCCAUCUCAGCACUGAAACAACCAAAUGUUGAAGGACCGUGCUCCAGGGAGCAGAAGAGAGUGUGGUUUGCAGAUGGCAUACUGCCUAAUGGUGAAGUUGCAGAUACUAUGAAAUUAUCAUCUGGAAGUAAAAGAUGUUCUGAUGACUUUAGUCCUGUGUUACCUGAUAUACCCACAAUUAUUAAUAAAGCAGAUCAUUCUACUACAGUGAAAAAAACAAACAACAAAAUAGGUGCCAUUAUAAGAAAUGAAAUAACUGAGAGUCCAGUUUCUCAUGUUGCACCCAUGGGAAAACUGCCUAUGAGCACAGACACUGAGGGCCUGCCCAUUCCUGGCCCUUUCACACUGGAAGAUGAUGUUUUUGUGGACAGUGAGGAGCCGUCUACUCCUACCGUCAUCCCUGCUCACACUGGGUUACCUGUUGCUAGUGUCUCAGACUACAGGCUGUUGUGUGGCAUUGCCGAGUGUGUCAGCAGUAAGCUUAGUCUUCUACCUGAUGACGAGCUUGGUUUGCCUCCCCUUCUGGCCACAUCUGGAGAAGAGGGAUCAGUGCCUGUAGUACAAGAACACCCAUCUCAUGAACAGAUAAUUUUGCUUCUUGAGGGUGAAGGAUUUCCUCCUGCCACAUUUGUUCUAAAUGCUAACCUACUUGUGAAUAUCAAAUUAGUAUUUUAUUCCUCAGAUAAAUAUUGGUACUUCUCAACCAAUGGAUUGCAUGGCUUGGGACAGGCAGAAAUUAUUAUCCUGUUGCUAUGUUUGCCAAAUGAGGAUACAGUUCCUAAGGAUAUCUUUAGAUUAUUCAUCACCAUAUACAAGGAUGCUUUAAAAGGAAAGUACAUAGAAAACUUGGACAAUCUGACCUUUACUGAGAGUUUUCUCAAUAGCAAGGAUCACGGAGGGUUCCUGUUUAUUACACCUACCUUUCAGAAACUUGAUGACCUCCCAUUACCAAGGAACCCUUUUCUCUGUGGCAUUCUUAUCCAGAAGCUGGAAAUUCCCUGGGCGAAGGUUUUCCCUAUGCGUUUAAUGUUGAGACUGGGUGCAGAAUACAAAGUGUAUCCUGCUCCUCUAACAAGUGUCAGAGGCAGGAAGCCUCUUUUUGGAGAAAUAGGACACACUAUUAUGAAUUUACUUGUUGACCUUCGAAAUUACCAGUAUACAUUGCAUAACAUCGAUCAGCUGUUGAUUCAUAUGGAAAUGGGGAAAAGCUGUAUAAAAAUACCUCGGAAAAAGUACAGUGAUGUAAUGAAGGUAAUAAAUUCUUCUAAUGAGCAUGUCAUCAGCAUUGGAGCUAGCUUUAGUACAGAAGCAGAUUCUCAUCUGGUUUGUGUACAGAGUGAUGGAGUUUAUCAAACUCAGGCCAAUAGUGCCACUGGCCAGCCAAGAAAAGUGACAGGUGCAAGUUUCGUGGUAUUCAAUGGUGCUCUGAAAACAUCUUCAGGAUUUCUUGCCAAAUCCAGCAUAGUUGAAGAUGGCUUAAUGGUUCAGAUAACUCCAGAAACCAUGGAUGGCUUACGGAUGGCUCUACGAGAGCAAAAGGACUUUAGAAUUCAUUGUGGGAAAGUUGAUGCAGUAGACCUGAGGGAAUAUGUGGACAUCUGUUGGGUGGACUCUGAAGAAAAGAAAAAUAAAGGUGUUAUCAGUUCAGUAGAUGGGAUAUCAUUAGAAGGAUUUCCAAGUGAAAAAGUAAAACUGGAAGCAGAUUUUGAAACAGAAGAGAAGACUGUGAAAUGCACUGAGGUGUUCUACUUCCUAAAGGACCAAGAUGUGUCUAUUUUAUCAACUAGUUACCAGUUUGCAAAAGAGAUAGCCAUGGCUUGUAGUGCCGCCCUAUGCCCUCAUCUGAGAACUCUAAAGAGUAACAGAAUGAACAAAAUUGGACUCAGAGUUUCCAUCGACACUGAUAUGGUUGAAUUUCAGGCAGGCUGUGAAGGCCAGCUUCUGCCUCAGCAUUACCUCAACGAUCUCGACAGUGCUCUGAUACCCGUGCUCCACGGUGGGACCUCCACCUCUAAUGUGCCGCUGCAAAUAGAGUUAACAUUUUUCAUCUUAGAAAACCUUUUUGAGUGAAAGAAUGUGUUAUAUGUUGCAAACUGAUCUGUUAAAAUGAAUCCCAGCACUAAAACUAAAAUGCCACAUAUACUAAAUGUUUGAUAACUUAUAUAUAUAAUUUGACUUUUUAGGCAGGAAUGAUUUUUCAAAAUCAUUAGCACAAUGUUUAAAUAUCUAAAAAUUUAGGGAAUCCACUGUUUUUAUAGCUUUAUGCUUAUUAUAAGAACUAAGAAGAAAAACUUUCUUCUGAUUUAAAAUUUAUAGUAUUUACUGUGUAACUAAAUGUUAAGCCAAAGUAUCUGCACUUAGUUAUACCUCUUUAUAUCAAGAAUGAUUUUAAUGAAGGAGAUACCAGUUCUGUGUUUAUGCUAGUGAGAAUACUGGUUUUGAAGUCUGUUUAAAAUUAUUUCAGUAGCAAAGACCAGUUUCAAGAUUCUAGACUUAGAAUUCUUUGAAUAAAGAUGAUAACUUAUUUGUAUAAAUUGAGUGGAGACCUACCUCCAUGAUUAGAUAAAUUCUAUUUGAUUAAAAUUAGAAUUUUGCCUUUAUUUCUUCUCAAAUUAUUAUAUAUAUAUAUUUAUAAAUAUCAUUUUUCCCGAUUAAGAUAACUGUGGGUGCUUCAGGACUUCGUGCUUCUCUAUUUAAGUCUAUUGUAUCCAUAGCAACAUAUGCUUUGGAAUGUGUUUUAUAAAUCUUUGCUAAUAUAUAAAUAGAUAAUAUUUUUGUAUUGCAGUGCAUUCUCGUUCUCCUUCCUUACCAAGUGCACCACUGUGUGAAACACUCUGGAUGACAACAGGCCAGAUGGCCCAUGAAGUAGCCAUGGUGUAGCAAUAACGGAAGCCUGAAACAGGUUUCUGCUACUUCCACAUUAAUCCUUAGGAAUUUCUCCAUUGACACCAAUGUAUGAAGUAUAAAUUUUAACAAACUUGUUACUUUUGCAUAUUUUUAAUUCUUUCUAUGCUAGUUAUUUUUUUAUAGUGGAAUAUUUAACAUAAAGAUAACGGUUGUGAUAGAGCUUUCUUGUUUAAUUCAGACAGCAGGAAGAAGAAAAAACCCUAUCAUUUAACUUAUAUAAAAUGUAAUCAUUGUUUUGAUGCCUUCUAUUAUGUGGAGUAUAUUUUUUUGUAUCAAAAACACUCACUGUAUAUCUCAAGAAAAAGAAGCCACACUAACCAGCCCUGUGUAAGAAGGAUAUCUAUGAAGCAUCGUAACUUAGAGAUGCAGGCAUGUGAGUCAAGAGCUAAGGUCUUAGAGACCAGAGUCACACCCCCCACCCCUGCCACCAUCACACUUGGACCAGCCACAGACAUAUGUGAGAGAAUACCCACCAACAAUGUGUACUGUUACAGAUGGGAAAUAAAUUGGAACAUAUGACUCACAAAAUUUGUUGAAAUGAUGUACUAUAAAGAUUGUCCCAUAUCAAGCUCAUUUUGUUUUCUUUACAUGUGUUUAUUUUCUGUAUGUUAUAUACUUACUAUGUAGCUUACCUGUAUAAUUUAUGAAUGUUGAACUUAACACAUAGUGGAAGGCUCUUCUGUGAAGAGCCUUUGAGUUUGAAGCAACUUUACGUUUGAUUUCAUAGUGUCUACAACUAGUAGAAAUUGGAAUUUUAGCCCGAAAUGUUAGAGGAGGCACAUUUUACAGCAUUCUUUGGAUAUGGAUUUUUCUGAAUGCAUUUGCCACCUGCUUGAUCAGUCUUCACAUCAGCACUUAAUUUGAAAUGUUAGUAAAGAAAUACGAUGGCUCUUUGUAGUCACUCUACAGUGAUCUGUUUGUGGUCUUAAGACUUUUCAGUGCAGCUCAGUUUCUCUGCAUUUUGAACUAUGAAGUGAAAUAUAUCUUGCUUUAUGCAUUUAUUGAACAAGCUGUGUGUUUAUGUGCUACAUAAAAAAGUAUUAUCAGGUUUCAUCAGUUGGAAAAUAAGAUUUCUUUUUUGAAGCUAGAUAGAUGAAACAGAUUUUUUAACAUACAGGAGCAUUUUACAUGCUGCAGUGGAGAAAUAACUUGAUGGCUACAGGGCACAGACUGGAGGAUGCCUACGUCCACCUCAGGACGAGGUUGGAGCACAGUGGGUAUUUGGACUGGGAGUCUGAAGCAUCCAGAUGCUGUAGAGAGACUACACAUGCACCUUAUAACUGGAUAAUAAAAGCCUUAUUUUGACAGCUGUGUAGGUUCCUGGAAGCCUAGGUUUCUGUGUUUUCAUAAAGCAUGGAACUUUCUUAAUAAGAAUAAUUUUAAUAAGAUUCAAGUUUUAAAAGACUAUCUUGAAAUAAAACAAACUUCUGACUCA